UGACGUUCUGUCGUGUGUUGAUGACGUAUCACAGCAGCCGGAUAGUGUGGGACGUUCAGCAUGGCUUCUGUGGUAUUAAGUGAGGCGGAGAAGGCUUAUAUCCUGCACGGGAUUCAGGAUGAUCUGCGGGUUGAUGGCAGAGCAUGCGAGGACUACCGAUGCAUUGAAGUGGAGACUGAAGUGGUGUCCAACACCACAGGAUCCGCACGGGUGAAAAUUGGUCACACAGAUGUUUUAGUUGGUAUUAAAGCAGAAAUGGGGACUCCAAAGCUGGAACGUCCAGAGGAGGGCUACCUGGAAUUCUUUGUUGACUGUUCUGCUAAUGCCACUCCAGAGUUUGAAGGACGUGGAGGAGAAGAACUUGGCACAGAAAUAGCAAACGUGCUGUAUAAAAUGUUUGAAAACAAGAGCAGCCUUGAUCUUCGAUCUCUUUGUAUCCAAACUAGUGAGCAUUGCUGGGUUCUUUAUGUUGAUGUGUUGCUUUUGGAAUGCGGUGGAAACCUCUUUGAUGCAAUCUCCAUAGCAGUAAAGGCGGCUCUCUUUAAUGCCAAGAUUCCUAAAGUUCACAUGUUGGAAGAUGAUGACGGAGCCAAAGAUUUUGAGCUAUCGGAUGAUCCUUAUGACUGCAUGCGCGUGAAUGUGGCCAAUGUCCCUUGCAUUGUCACUUUAAGCAGAAUUGGGCACAGACACGUUGUAGACGCCACCCUACAAGAGGAGGCCUGUUCACUGGCGAGUCUGCUUGUCUCUGUGACCAGCCAAGGGGUCCUAACGUUCAUGAGAAAGAUAGGCAAAGGCAGUCUGGAUCCUGAAAGUAUCUUUGAGAUGAUUGAGACAGGGAAGCGUGUCACUAAAUCAUUACAUACAUCGUUACAGAGCAUACUAAACCAUGAAGAAAGCUUAGGAAAGAAGAGACAAAAGAUUGGAUUCCUGAGAUAAGCUCCAUCAAUAUCUUUUAUCUGUUUUCAAGAAAAAAAAUAAUAAAAGGAUUAUUUUUUCA